UCUUAUUCGGGAGAUUCCCGACAGGAAGUGUUGUUUUUGCUGCUGCUGGCAGAUGAAGCUGCUGGAGAUUCCUCUGGCACACAAGUACGUGAUAUCAGCUGUUCAAAGGUCGUUUUGACAACUGUCUAAGACGAGAGACAGCGAUACCAACAGGGAAGAGAGAGCAAAGUGCCUUAUGUCCCUGCACGAACCUCGCCAGCCUGAACAUAAGAAGAUGGACCAUGGAGUGGCAGACCUUCCCAGCGGCCCGCUGGAUAUCUACAGGAAAAAAGCCUCCUUCAGCUGGAAAGACAUGCUGCUCUUCAUAGAGGGAGAGGAAAUUCUUGUAUUCAAGCAACAUGUGUUUAAGACGUUGGAGAAUGAUCCUCUGUUCGCCCGUCAGCCCGGUGAAGACAUCCCUAUCGGGAAAAUGAGAGAGCUGACCUUCCUCAGGGUGAAGCAGCUCUUCUGCUACGACUUCACGACAAAAGAAGAGUCCAUGGCCAACCCCUGGAAGAUUGUGGUGCUCAGUGAUUGUCUUGGCAUGUAUGACUGGUCCAUUUCAUCCAAGUUCUUUCUCAACAAAGGGAUGUUUGGAGCGACUAUUGCCAACACAGGUUCAGAGAGACACAGCAAAUAUGUUGAAAGCACUGAAGACAUGACGACGUUUGGAUGCUUUGCACUGACUGAGCUGACACACGGCAGCAACACCAGAGCUAUAAGGACCACAGCAACAUAUGACCCCUCCACCCAGGAGUUUGUGAUCAACUCUCCAGACUUUGAGGCUGCCAAGUUCUGGGUUGGGAACCUGGGUAAGACUGCAACCCACGCUGUGGUGUUCGCGCAGCUCUACACACCUGACCAGGUGUGCCACGGCUUGCAUUCCUUCAUUGUCCCGGUGAGAGAUCCCAAGACCUUGCUGGCUCUGCCUGGGGUUCUGGUUGGAGACAUGGGCAAGAAGCUGGGCCAGAACGGACUGGAUAAUGGCUUUGCUUUGUUUAAUAAUGUGAGGAUCCCUCGGGAGAAUCUACUGAAUAAGACUGGAGAUGUUUCUCCUGAUGGCCACUACGUUACGCCAUUCAAGGACCCCAACAAGCGUUUUGGGGCAUCUCUGGGUUCCCUCUCAGGUGGAAGGGUGUCCAUCACAAGGAUGGCUUUGGUCAACCUGAAGCUGGCUCUGGUUGUGGCCAUCCGCUUCUCAGCCACCAGGAGACAGUUUGGACCCAAAGACGCAGAGGAAAUUCCUGUUUUAGAGUACCAGUUACAGCAAUGGCGUCUGAUCCCAUACCUGGCAGCAGCAUAUGCUCUUGAACACUUCACUAAAUCCAUCUUCAUGAACUUUGUUGAGUUCCAGAUUGGACAGAUGAUGAGGGACACUGGUGAAAGACAAGCAGAGAUGGGCAGGGAGAUCCAUGCCAUAGGCUGCUCUAGUAAACCACUGGGCUCGUGGACCGCUCAGAAGGGGAUCCAGGAGUGCAGGGAGGCCUGUGGUGGUCAUGGAUACCUGGCCAUGAACCGGCUGGGCGAUCUGCGUAAUGACAAUGAUCCAAACUGCACAUAUGAAGGAGACAACAACGUUUUGCUGCAACAGACCAGCAACUACCUGCUCAGCUGGCUCCACGCAAAACACCACUAUGGUGCGCGGAUUGAGUCUCCCCUUCACACUGUGGAUUUCCUAGAUGAUUUACACAAUAUCCUGGAAAGCAAGUUUGCAGCAACAACGUUGGUCGAGUGUAUGGACUCUGCAGUGGCGCUGGCAGCGUAUAAGUGGCUGGUGUGUUUCCUGCUGGAGGAGAGCCAGAAGUGCCUGGAACAGCAGAGGCUCUCUGGAAAGGAUAAGUUUGAGGCCCAUAACAACAGCCAGGUUUAUUUCUGCCGUUCCCUGGCCAUUGCCUACAUUGAACACAACUGCCUCCAAAGGUUCCAUGAGCUGACCACAGAUCAGGACACACCAGCUGGUCUCAGACCUGUACUAAGCAAGCUAUGUUCCCUGUACGGGCUGUGGAGCCUCAGCAGCCACAUGGCCACACUGUACCAGGGCAGUUACUUCAUAGGGGGAAAGCCUGCCGAGUUGGUCCAGAUGGCCAUUCUGACUCUCUGCUCCCAGCUGAAGGAUGAUGCAGUAACACUGGUGGAUGUUUUGGCCCCUCCUGACUUCAUUCUCAACUCACCUAUUGGCAGUGCUGAUGGACAGAUUUACAAGAACCUGUGGUCGGCCGUGAUGCAGGGCAACCAGGUGCUGGAACGGCCAUCCUGGUGGAAAGAGUUCUCCUCAGACAAGCCUAUGGUCGGAUCCCUCCGUCCAAAACUCUAGAACCCAGACACACUCUGGACAUGUGUGUGCCUUUAAAAAAGUCCAACUGCGUAAUUACAAAUGUAAUGUCCAUAUGUACACUGCUGUUUGCCAAAGACCACAUUGACAUACAAUGCUGCACCUGUCAGUUAAGGUACAAAAUGUUUACAUGAGUACCCUAUCCGGUGUGUAAUAUAUAGGGAAUAGUAAAUGAGUCAUUUUGAAAAAUUCAGAAAUCCUACAAUUCUUAGAAUCCUCCAAAUCAUGUACACUUGAGUCUGGAUGACCCUGUUCCAACACAAAACAACAGUUACACUGAUGGACACACUUACCUCUCCCUGAACAAUGAGCACACCUAGACGCCUCGAACCUGCUCACCAGCACAUUCUCUAAAACCCUCUUUAAAAUGCGAUGACCGCCACAUCAGAUAAGAUGGUAAACAGGACCUGACACAUCGGGCCAACUCAAAUGAAAUUUCAGGAUUUCUGCUGCAGCAUACUGCCUGAUUUUGUGAAUUACGUGUCAAGUCUUCACUUUUGAAAACAAAAUCAGUCCCCAGGAGGGAGACAUUUUCUGUUUUGUAUUUUGAGGUUUCAAUCUAAAUCUUUAACAAUCUUAUCAUUCCAUUUUAAACUGCGGUAACAAAAAAGUAAUGCUGUCACUGUUCCAUCAUUGGCUGACAGCUGACAUUAUCUGACCAAAGAACGGCUCGGACUCGACACAAAAACUUACACAGACUUUAGACCACAACUCACAUUAAACUCAUCUCUCUUGAAUGAACUACUAAACAAACCUCCACUGGGGAAAAGUGUACUGUGAACAGUUUGCAGCUGAAGCUGACGAGCGAAUUGUUACUUAUGUAACAUUUGGUUGUUUUUUUGGGCCAGUGGUCAUCUAGACGCUGUUCCUGUGAGCUUGGUUACAAGUGCAAGCUUGUUUACAUGGUCCUUCUAUGUCCCCUGACGUCUCAGCUGUCAAUCAAAGAUGUACAGUAGCAUGCCCACUCAGAGGCUUGGAGACCGAAGGAGCAUCUCUGAUACACCCUCAAAUACCCUUAUUCUUCCUUUCAAAAGUACAUUAAAGUAAAAGAAUAUUAAUAAUUCAUUUGAAAAUCAUUUAACAUUUUUUGUCACACAAGUGAUAACUUUUGUUAUUUCUGUUGGACAUAAUCUUUUUUUAGUAUUUCACCACACUUCAGUGGUUACAUAAUUGAUUUUAAAAUGAUCUAUUGAUUAAAACAUUUGUAUGAUUGUACAAAAAAAAUGUGAGGAACACCAAAGUCACACAUGCUUUCAGCUCUAAUAAAAAUAGUGUUGGUGUGUGUGAGUGAGAGAGUGAGGGACUUUGGUGUUACAGUGGGGGAACUUCGUGUUUCAGACACAGAUUUCUGGUUUCUUUAUCAUAUUGUCUGAAAUAUAACACUCUUAUGUGCUCACAUUUUUUCAACAUCAUUGUUACUCUUAUUUGAGUCAAUAUAAAUAUAUAAAGCAAAAUAUAGAUUUAGACAUAGUUGACUGAUGUGAAAUGUACUAUAUGGGAUGGGAAUAUUUUAAUGAAUCUGUAAAUUGUUUUACUGUAGAUUAUGUACAAUACCAUAUAACCCUAUAAAGAAUGAUCACAGUCCUUGUUAUACAGUGUCUUGAUUCAAAUUAAAUACAUUUACUAAUACAA